AUGGAAUUUGUAAACAUUGAUAAUGAAGUUUCUGAAGAGUUUUCUGAUGCAGAAAUUAUUGAAACAGUAUGUCCUUCACAAAAUAAUGAAGUUGCUGAAGAUGAAGACGAAGAAAUUGAACCUGUGCCUUCUAUACCAGUUAAAAAAGAAAUAAAUAAUGAUGAAAUAAUAAGAGAAGAGAUUGAUGAAUUACAAGAAGAAAUAAAUAAACUCUAUUUUAGCAAACCCAUUUCAGCAAUGGAAUUUGUAAACAUUGAUAAUGAAGUUUCUGAAGAAGAAGAGAUUGAUGAAUUACAAGAAGAAAUAAAUAAACUCUAUUUUAGCAAACCCAUUUCAGCAAUGGAAUUUGUAAACAUUGAUAAUGAAGUUUCUGAAGAGUUUUCUGAUGCAGAAAUUAUUGAAACAGUAUGUCCUUCACAAAAUAAUGAAGUUGCUGAAGAUGAAGACGAAGAAAUUGAACCUGUGCCUUCUAUACCAGUUAAAAUCAAUACAAUUCCACAUCAAUUUCUUAAAAGAACUACUAUCUUUAAUCAAUAUCCUCUUGUACCACCUGGAAAACAACCACCACCUCAACUCAAUGUCCAACUUUCACCUAUUACCGUAAGUAAUCCAAUUGUUGUGCCAAUCAAUCCUGGAAUACCGUUUUCUCAAAUAGUGGAGGUUCAUGUACCAGCAAAGUUACCUAAAUUCAUACGUAUGAAUAAUCUCGGUAAUUUCAUAUCCAAUAUCGCAUGGCAAUUUGAAAAAUGUGAAAAAAGUGCUUUACAUUUUCAAUUAUAUUGUGAAUUAAAAAAAGAAAUAAAUAAUGAUGAAAUAAUAAGAGAAGAGAUUGAUGAAUUACAAGAAGAAAUAAAUAAACUCUAUUUUAGCAAACCCAUUUCAGCAAUGGAAUUUGUAAACAUUGAUAAUGAAGUUUCUGAAGAGUUUUCUGAUGCAGAAAUUAUUGAAACAGUAUGUCCUUCACAAAAUAAUGAAGUUGCUGAAGAUGAAGACGAAGAAAUUGAACCUGUGCCUUCUAUACCAGUUAAAAGUGCUCGGAAAAUAUUUUAUCAUUUCUAA